UCUGUAGCAACCAGCUCUAGACUAACGACCACAUGCUUCUUAUCCUUAUUCCUCUUUUAACUUUACUAAUUUACUUCACUCUCUCAAGUCUCAACAGUAGCAAAUCAAGAGUCUUCCACCAAUCAAUUAGGCCAAAGAGAUCUGAGCUUCCCUCAAAUUGGUGCAAUGGCAGAAGCAGUGGUGUCGACUGCUCUAGGAACCUUGCGCGAUUUGUUGGUGGAAGAAGCAAGGUUUUUAUAUGGUGUGGGUGAAGAAGUGAAGGAGCUCGAGAUCCAGCUUAAAGAGAUGAAGUGUCUCCUCGAAGAUGCUGACAGAAGACGACAUGAAAGCAAAAUAAUUUUGAAUUGGAUCUCGGAGAUCAAAGAUCUUGUGUACAGAGCGGAAGCUGCCAUUGAAAGACACGCAGCUUAUCAAGUGUCUUCAAGGAGAAGACGAGGCCUCACACAGCUCAUACGCAGAUAUUCUUGUAUUUUGGAAGAAUGCAACUCGCUCCACCAACUAGCCUCCGAGAUUUCACAAAUCAAAUCCCGUCUUGGAAGAAUCACCGACGACCUGCGAUCCUUUGGAAUAAAGAACAUCAUCGACGGCGGGGAGAGCUCGGCUUCCGGCGACAACAAGAGGAAAACAUUUUCCGAAUUCGAGAUUGGAGAUUGUUUUGUGGGGAUGGAGGAUGAGCUCAACCAACUUGUUCAUCUCCUAGUGGAAGACAAAAAGCAUCGAGUUAUUUCAGUGUGGGGAAUGGGGGGAUCAGGCAAGACCACCAUUGCCAAAAAGCUCUACAACGAGACCAAGACCAGCUUUGAUCUUUCUGCAUGGGUUUGCAUUAGUCAGCAAUGUCUGAGUUUUCAAUCUGUUUGGAAGGAUGUUCUCAAGCAGCUGGAGCCACAAACAAGGAAAGGUGUGAGCGAUGAUGGGCCACAAAUAAGAGAGGACGUUAUUGCAAAUCUGAGCGAGUGGGAGUUGAAGGAGCGACUAUGCAAGAUACAAAGAGAGAAGCGAUGCCUCAUUGUUGUGGACGAUCUUUGGAAAGUUUCUGAUUGGAAUGAGUUGAAGCAUCCCUUCAUUGUUCAUGGUUUGCAAAGCAAAAUCUUGAUCACCACGCGUGAACAGGAAGUUGCAGAGAUUGGAUGCCCAGUAAAAGUUGGGCUUCUAAAAGAGGAAGAUGCUUUGGAACUACUCAAGAUGAAAGCCUUUCCAGAUGCCAACAUUCCUGCAGAGUUUGCAUUGGAAAAAAGAACUGAGAAAAUUGCCAAAGAAAUGGUGCAGAAAUGUGGGUAUUUGCCAUUGGCAAUUUCUUUGCUCGGUGGAGUCUUGAGAAUGAAAAAUUCGAUGAUGGAGUGGGAGUUAGUAAAUGAGGAUAUCAAAGAAGCCAUAUAUAGAGAUGAAAGUGAGAUUGAUGGAGUGCUAAAUUUAAGCUAUGAAAGUCUACCCUAUUAUUUGAAGCCUUGCUUUCUCUACAUGGGUUUAUUUGAAGAGGACGAAGAUAUAGGUGUUGAGAAUCUAUACAGGAUGUGGAUAGCACAAGGCAUGAUUUCAUAUGAGAAUAUUCGAGGCAAGGACAAAACUUUGACGGAAAUCGCGGAGCUCUACUUGGGUGAGUUGGCCUCCAGGUCCAUCGUCCAACUUCAAAUUAAUCCCUUCGAUGGUGUCACACCUGGGGAAAAAUAUUGGUGGUGCAAACUUCAUGAUGUAGUAAGAGAACUAUGUUUGAAAUUGGGGAAAAGGGAGGAUUUUGGUGUACUGAGUUUGGAGUAUCAAAGUGGGAAACUUAGUACCUUACUGCGGCAAGCUUCCUCUCAUAUGAAAAUACGACAUUUGGCUAUCCACUUCAGAACAAGAGAAGUCGAAGUGGAACCUGACGAGCUUGGAGAAGAUACUAGCAAACAUUUAAGGUCUCUUCAAAUGUUCAAUCGCAGUAGUAAUUCUGGUGAGUUUCCCCCGCCAAGCAUCGUUGAUUUUCAUAAAUUCAAAUUGCUCAAGGAUCUAGUUAUGGUGGGAUUUGCAUUUGCAGGAAGAAAGUUACCAAAAGGAAUCACUAAUCUUGUUCACCUUAGAUGUUUGCGUUUAGAAAGAUGUGAAUUUGAUAAGCUACCGACGUCCAUAAGAAAUUUGGUAUACAUGGAUACCCUUGAUUUAAAUCAUUCGAGGAAUGUUGAAGUUCCAAAUGUUUUUAAGGAGAUGCUACGUUUGAAGCACUUGCUUCUUCCGAUGUAUGAUGAGGAAAAUAUUGGAAGUAAUCGAUUAACGUUGGACGAGGAAGUGGUUGAGUUGGAGAGUCUGAUGGGGUUGGAUACUAGAGUGUAUAAAUUAAAAUGUCUGAACAAAAUGAAGUAUCUGCGAAGAUUCUCAACAAGUAUACACGACCACAAAAGCUUGUCAGCCAUGAUCGAUGGCAUUGCUAUCUUGGACGAGUUAGUGUAUAGUGAGGUUAAAAUCGAAAAGGGUUGCGAGUUAGGAACAAAUGAGGGAGUGUUGAACAAGGCAUUCACAUGUCCCAAUCUUUAUAUCUUGUCGAUUGGAGUUAAGUUAGGGAAGGCGCUGGCAGAGUGCGAGCGUGAUUUUAUCAGCUCUAUACUUGUUAGUUUGUCCCUGUUAGAAUGUGAGCUUGAGGAUGAUCCAAUGGGAAUACUGGGGAAGCUUCCUUGCUUAGCAGCUUUGUCUUUAGAGAGGAAAUCAUUUGUGGGGGAGGAGAUGACGUGUCCAUCAAACAGUUUUCCUUGCCUCAAGAGGCUUUGGCUAGACGAGUUACCAAAGUUGAGGGAGUGGAGAGUGGAGGCAGGAGCCAUGCCCCUUCUCACUCAUUUAGAGAUAUGUGUGUGUCCUAAUCUGGAGAUGCUUCCAGAUGGAUUGAGUGGCAUUUAUACUCUUCAGGAACUUCAUAUCUAUGGAAUGCCGGAAAUGGGGAAGAGGGUAUCGGCAUCAGGAGAGGAUUUCCACAAAGUCACCCAUGUCCCUUCAAUUAUCAUCCUUGACGAUGACUAGUCUAGUUUAGUCUCCAGCCGGGAUGUCGACACCGAGAAGCAGCAGCGGCCCUACCUCUCAAGCCUCGACGGGUAGUGGGUGACGAGUAUCUGACGGGUAGCGGGUGACGGAUAUCUGACGGGUGGCGGGUAUCCGCGAGUUGCGGGUAUGGGUGACAAAUAAUUUUUUGGAAUCUACGUUUCGCUAAGUCAUGUUAACGAUGAAAAUUCUCUUUAAUUUGUUUUUUCAUUUUAGUUUGAUGUGUAAUGUAGACAUAUGUCAUAUUGACAGUUUUUUAGUGGAUAAUCUCCAUAAUUUAUAAAUAUAUAAAAAAAUACUCCCUCUGUCC